AUGGCAUGUUCAUCUAUCCUUUCAGAGCAACAGCCAUGUAAUCGAACGUGCUACAACGGUGGCAGUUUGAUUGUUUCAGAGAAAAGCUGCAGAUGUUCAGAUGGCUUCACUGGUCAGUGUUGUGAGAUUAGGACACAGGACUGUGCAUUGAUUCCAUGGGGCCAGUGGUCAUCUUGUUCCCAUACGUGUGGUCCACUAGGAAAACGAUUUAGAAUACGUGAAAUGUUAGAAAAGCGGUCUGAAUGCGGACAGACAAUUCUCCCUUCUUUAUUGUCAGAAGACCAGGCGUGUAAUCAAGCUUGUUUGAAUGGAGGAACAAUUAGCGAAAGUCGUUGCGAUUGUCCAAUCGGAUACAAUGGCACUUGUUGUGAAUGCAAAAUACAAGACUGUGUCUUGAAUGCAUGGAGCGAAUGGUCAACGUGUUCGGAAAGGUGUGGUGCUCUUGGAACGAGAUUCAGAACACGUAAUGUAGAUAAGUUUCAAGAAUGUGGAGGAGCCAAGUGUUCAUUUCCACUAACAGCACAACAACCGUGUAAUAGAAUUUGCAGUAACGGGGGCCGCUUAGUUGAUCAUGAAAACAAUUGCAGUUGUCCAGAUGGAUUCAGAGGUCAGUGUUGUGAUAUUAAGGUACAAGACUGUGCGAUGAGUUCAUGA